ACUAGAAGAAUUUCUCAUAGGCGCUGUUGUUAUUUUGCUUAUUUGCUUUUUGAAGAUAUAAAAAUUGCAAAUAAAUAUCAAAACAUCCUUUAAUAUAACGAAUAAAUUUUCGCUUAAGUUUAGUUUAGUAUUUUCGUUUAGUUGUCAAUUACAGUGUGACAUGCGCUAAAAGUUAUAAACAAAUAACCUCCCUGUUAUGAUUAAUUAAUACAUACUGAAUAUUGUUCUACAAAUAGUACUAUCCAAAAUAUCAAUAUGAGUUAUAAUUCGGGGGGCAGUGGUGGGAAAGGGUUCGGGUUCGCAGGAUUCUCGAUGCCAAAACGAAAUCCUUCGAAUGUCUCCUUGCAUGCAGUUCCACCUCCAACGACACCGAUGCAUGCUGUACCACCGCCAAGUACAGGCCUCUCCAAACAAGGAUACUCAACAAUGAAUGCUAUAACUCAAAAUGCUGUGGCUGGUAAUUGGGGAACGCUGGGAAAAAAACGAUCAAAAACCGAAGAUGAAUAUUUUGAUGAUGAUGAUGAGCCUCCAACACCAGCCUUGGCAUACAUUCCAGCACCUGGUAGUCCCACCAAUGACAUUGCUUCAAGCUCUAAGGCUGAUGAAGAUGAAGAGGACCCACUGGAUGCUUAUAUGGCCGGAUUAGAAAAGCAGGCAGCUAAGGACAUGGUCACCAGUAAAGAAAAUGCAAUAGCUGGUAAAGAAGACAGCGGCAGAGGGACCAGAGGGGAUAUUGAUGAGUUAGAUGAUGAAGAAAGUUACUAUAAAUACAUGGAAGAGAACCCUCUUGCAAAUGUUGGUGAUGAAUCAGAUCAAGAAAUAGAAUAUGAUCAGGAUGGAAAUCCAAUAGCACCACCAAAGAAGAAGAUAAUAGACCCGUUACCACCUAUUGACCAUUCUGAAAUUACUUAUGAACCAUUUGAGAAGAACUUCUAUGUGCCACAUGAGGAAAUUGAAAACUUAACACAUCAGCAAGUUGAAGAUUUGAAAAAAAGUUUGGGUGUUAAGAUAACAGGUCCGGAUCCCCCACGGCCAGUAAGCAGCUUCGCGCACUUAGGCUUCGACGAGCAGUUGAUGAAGGCGAUACGCAAAUCAGAGUACACGCAGCCCACCCCCAUACAGGCGGCUGGUGUGCCCGCUGCAUUGUCCGGCAGAGAUCUUAUUGGUAUCGCCCGUACUGGUUCUGGUAAAACUGCAGCGUUUUUGUGGCCACUUUUGGUACAUAUAAUGGAUCAGAAAGAGCUUGCUCCGGGGGAUGGUCCCAUUGGCUUAAUUCUGGCACCUACCAGAGAAUUAGCACAACAGAUCUAUAUGGAAGCUAAACGUUUUGGCAAAGUGUACAAUAUAAGAUGUGUGUGCUGCUAUGGUGGGGGAUCUAAAUGGGAACAGUCGAAAGCUCUAGAAGGUGGUGCUGAAAUAGUAGUAGGCACUCCAGGACGUAUGAUAGAUCUUAUCAAAUGCAAGGCGACCAACCUGCAGAGAGUCACAUACCUUGUGUUGGACGAGGCUGAUAGAAUGUUUGAUAUGGGAUUCGAGCCGCAGGUACGUUCUAUCUGCAACCACGUGAGGCCGGAGCGUCAGGCGCUGCUGUUCUCCGCCACGUUCCCGCGUCGCGUGGAGCGCCUGGCACGCGACGCGCUGCACGACCCCGUGCGCGUGCAGCACGGCGCCGCAGGAGAGGCCUGCGACCUCGUCACUCAGCACGUCAAGAUUUUCAACAAACCAGAGGAUAAAUGGUCCUGGCUGUUAAAAAACCUGGUGGAGUUUUUAUCUGCCGGAAGUGUUAUUAUAUUUGUUACUAAAAAGCUAGAAGCGGAGCAGACAGCAGCGAACCUGGCCGUGCAGGAGUACGACGCGCUGCUGCUGCACGGAGACAUGGAACAGGCAGACAGGAACAAGGUCAUCACCGCAUUCAAGAGACAGGAGAACAGCAUCCUCGUCGCCACUGAUGUCGCUGCUCGUGGUCUGGACAUCCCGCACGUGCGCACUGUGAUCAACUACACGGUGGCGCGCGACAUCGACACGCACACGCACCGUGUCGGGCGCACAGGACGCGCCGGAGUGCGCGGUCACGCACACACGCUGCUCGCCCGGGACCGCGACAGGGAGUUUGCAGCUCAUCUGCUGCGCAACCUAGAGGCCGUGCAGCAGGAGGUGCCGGAGGAGCUGCUGCAGCUAGCGAUGCAGUCGGCCUGGUUCCGCAAGUCGCGUUUCAAGAAGGGCAAGGCGAAGAAUCUUAACAUCGGCGGAUGCGGACUGGGGUACAAGGAGCGGCCCGGACUGCCCGCGUACACGGAGGAGCCGGCCAGCGUGCUGGGCGCGGGCGAGCGGCUGCAGGGACCCGCCACAGACCGCCUCGCCUCGCUCAAGCAAGCCUUCCGCUCCCAGUAUAACCAGUUCACUGCGUCAACUGACCACUCGUGGGAACAGACGCUUACAUCUAUCCAGCCAGGAGUGAACGCGCCCGCCGCAGAGACUGCGCCUGCGCAGCCUGAAUCCAAAGCUGAGAGAGUCAGGAAGAGUGGCAAGAGGAGUCGGUGGGAGUAGAGAGGAGAGAGGGGACUGCACAGAAAGGCUACUUAUUGAUUACUACUGAUUGUUUAGUUGUGUUGGAAAUAAUGUGUCAAUGAUCUAAUAAACAUUUAGACGGAUGUUAGGAAGAAUAGGAGAAAUGUUUACAUUAAAAAUAAAUCGUAAAUGAUUUGAAAUUGAAGGUAAUUAAUAAUAAAGAGGGUAGAUAGAAAGGUCUUUGUGACGGAUUGGUUUUACAAUUUAAUGGUUGUAUAGUGCCUCGCUCUUUAAAAUGUACGAAAUUGUAAUAUUAAAAAAAAUUAGUUUGAUUAUCACUUAUUAUGGACUCUUUGGACUUUACUAGAAGUAUUUCUUAUUAUUAGAUGUGCGUUUUUAUUACCUUUUUUUAUUAUAAUCGUCUAAUUUAUAGCAAAGAGUA